CAGACAGGUAUUUCCUCAGAGGCAGGUUGUUCGGUAGUUUCUACCGGACUUCCAGAAGAUGGGCACAGGUGGUGGGAUACGAAUACCACUAUGGAUAUCAAUACUAGCACUUGCCUUCAUACAGAUCAAAGUUCAAGCUCAGGAUGUUGAUCCACAAACAAAAUCAAACUAUGUUUCCCCGUCCAUCCUGCAGCGACAAAAACGUGUUCCACCGUCUUCGAAAUCACAAGAAGUGACAAUCAUUCCACCUUUUCAAAACACAUUGAAAUUAAAGGCUGGCAACCCCUCUCACAAUGGCCGUGUGUGCAGCACGUGGGGUAACUUCCACUUCAAGACCUUUGAUGGGGACAUCUUUUACUUCCCUGGGAUCUGCAAUUACAUCUUUGCAUCCAACUGCAAAUCUCCCUAUGAGGACUUCAACAUCCAGAUUAGGCGUACCAUGGUGGAAAAUGCUACCAUAAUCACUAAUGUCAUCAUGAAGCUGGAUGGAAUAGUGAUUGAACUGACCCGUGGCUCUGUCCUGCUUGAUGGCAAACUGGUUCAGAUGCCCUACAGCCAUAUGGGAGUCUUGAUAGAGAAAAGUAACAACUAUUUGAAAGUUUCCGCCAAGUUAGGACUGACCUUCCUUUGGAAUGAAGAGGAUGCCCUCCUGGUGGAACUAGAUAAGAAAUACGCCAAUCAAACUUGUGGUCUUUGUGGGGACUUCAAUGGAAUUCCAAUUAGCAAUGAAUUUAUUUCAGAGAAUACGAAACUGACUCCCAUACAGUUUGGGAAUAGGCAGAAGAUGGAUGGGCCCACAGAGCAGUGUGAUGAUCCUAUUCCUCCCACUCUCCUUGUGAACUGCUCGGCUGAAUUUGCUUCUAUCUGUGAGACAGUAUUAACCAGUAAAGCAUUUACAAGCUGUAAUGUACUUGUGAAUGUUCAGGACUACAUUGAAACCUGCAUACAAGACCUGUGCCACUGUGACAGCUCUAUGGCUGACUUCUGCAUGUGCAACACCUUUGCUGAAUACUCCAGGCAGUGUGCUCAUGCAGGUGGACAGCCUCUGAACUGGAGAACCUCAGAACUGUGUCCCAAAUUGUGUCCUUUCAACAUGCAAUACCAGGAGUGUGGCUCCCCCUGCUCUGACACAUGCAGCAACCCAGAACGAUCUGCACUUUGUGAGGAUCAUUGUACAGAUGGCUGCGUCUGUCCUCCAGGAAUGGUAUUUGAUGACAUUAAUGGCGCUGGCUGUGUUCCCCGUAAAGAAUGCCACUGUACCUAUGAAGGUGAAAUUUAUGCUCCUGGUGCCUCUUUCUCAUCUAAAUGCAGAUCAUGCACCUGUACUGGAGGUGAAUGGUCUUGUGUGAGCCAGUCAUGCCUUGGGACUUGCAGCAUUGAAGGAGGCUCCCACAUUUCAACAUUUGAUGAAAAAUUUUAUUCCUUCUUUGGAGACUGUAGCUAUGUCCUAACCAAGCUCUGUGACAGCAAUGAAUUCACUGUUCUGGGUGAUAUCCAGAAGUGUGGCCUGACUGACACUGAGACAUGCCUCAAGGGUAUAGCCAUCAGCCUAAGUGGAGGCCAAACUAACAUUGUGAUCCAGCCUUCUGGCAGUGUAUUUGUGAAUAUGAUUUACACACAGCUGCCAUUCUCUGCAGCAAAUGUCACCAUCUUCAGACCAUCAUCUUUCUUCAUAAUUUUGCAAACAACCUUUGGUCUUCAGCUACAGGUUCAGCUUGUGCCUCUCAUGCAACUUUUUAUAGACUUAGACCCAUCACAUAAAGGACGUACCUGUGGUCUCUGCGGAAACUUCAAUGACAUGCAGACAGAUGAUUUCAAAACCACCAGUGGUGUAAUAGAGGGUACCUCAGCUGCCUUUGGCAAUACUUGGAAAACUCGGGCUGAUUGUCCUGAUGCCAAAAAUACCUUUGAGAACCCCUGUACUGUCAGCAUACAAAAUGACCAGUAUGCUCAACACUGGUGUGGGCUGCUCUCUGAUACUAUGGGACCUUUUGCUGAGUGUCACUCAACAGUGAAUCCAGAAGUUUAUGAGAAGAACUGCAUGUUUGACACAUGCAACUGCGAGAAGAGUGAGGACUGCAUGUGUGCUGCCCUUUCCAGCUAUGUCAGGGCCUGUGCCGCUAAAGGAGUUCUCCUCACUGGAUGGAGAAGCAAAGCCUGCACAAAAUACACCACCUUGUGUCCAAAAUCCUUGAAGUACAUGGACAAUGUUGAUGCCUGUCAACCCACCUGCCGGUCUCUGAGUGAGCCUGAUGUCACAUGCAGCAUCAAGUUUGUCCCAGUUGAUGGCUGCACCUGCAUAAAUGGAACCUAUAUGGAUGAAAGUGGCAAAUGUGUGCCUGCUUCUAGCUGUCCUUGCUACUACAAAGGAAUGCCUCUGUCUUCUGGAGAAGUGGUUCAUGAUAAUGGUGUUGUCUGCACUUGCACUUACGGAAAGCUGAGCUGCAUUGGAGAGAAACCUGAACCAGUCUGUGUACCUCCCAUGGUCUACAUUGACUGUGGCAAUGUCACUACAGACGUGGUAGGAGCAGGAUGCCAGAAGAGCUGUCAGACUCUAGAUAUGGAAUGUUACAGAACCCACUGUGUCUCUGGCUGUGUAUGUCCUCAUAACCAAGUGUUAGAUGGCAAAGGUAGCUGUAUAGCUCCAGAAGACUGUCCAUGUAUUCACAAUGGGAAUUCCUACAGUCCAGGAGAAUCAAUCAGAGUUGGCUGUAACAACUGCACAUGCAGAAACAGAAAAUGGCACUGCUCCCAGGAACCUUGCCUGGAAACCUGUUCUGUUUAUGGAGAUGGGCAUUACACCACCUUUGAUGGCAAACGCUUUGAUUUUGAAGGAGACUGUGAAUAUGUUCUGAUCCAGAACUACUGUGGUCAACAAGGUGUGAAUCAGGGAACCUUCAGAGUUAUCACUGAGAAUAUUCCAUGCGGCACUACAGGAACCACCUGUUCUAAGUCUAUUAAAGUUUUUCUGGGGAACUAUGAACUGGUACUCAGUGAUGGACACUCUGAUGUCAUUCAAAGGACGCCUGGAGGAAAAAUGCCAUUCCAAAUCCGUUCCAUGGGCAUUUACCUGGUGGUUGACACUACUGUUGGCCUGAUACUCAUGUGGGACAAGAAAACCAGUAUAUUCAUCAAACUUAGUCCCAGCUUUCAGGGAAAUGUCUGUGGACUUUGUGGAAACUAUGAUGGCAAUGGAAAUAAUGACUUCACUACUCGUAGUCAGUCUGUAGUAGGAAAUGUGCUGGAGUUUGCCAAUAGCUGGAAAGUGUCUUCUAGUUGCCCAAAUGCCAGUCCUACCAAGGAUCCAUGCACUGCGAACCCAUACAGGAAAGCCUGGGCACAGAAGCAAUGCAGCAUCAUUACCAGUGAAGUGUUUGCGAAAUGUCACUCCCAGGUUGAACCAAAUGAAUAUUAUCAAGCAUGCGUGGAUGAUGCUUGUGCCUGUGACACUGGAGGAGAUUGUGAAUGUUUCUGUACAGCAGUAGCUGCCUAUGCUCAAGCGUGCAAUGAGCUGGACAUCUGCAUUUCAUGGAGAACCCCGUCUAUUUGUCCUCUGUUCUGUGAUUACUACAAUCCACAAGGCGAAUGUGAGUGGCACUACAAACCAUGUGGAGCCCCAUGUAUGAAGACCUGCAAUAAUCCAAGCGGGAACUGCCUUCAUGAGUUGAGAGGUUUGGAAGGUUGCUAUCCACACUGUCCAAAGAAUAAGCCCUAUUUUGAUGAAGAAACCAUGACUUGUGUUUCUAAUUGUGGUUGUUUUGAAAAUGGAAAAAAUUACAAACCAGGAAUGCAGAUGCCUUCAAAGCAGAAUUGUCAAUCAUGUGAAUGCACAAAUUAUGGAAAAAAAUGCAAAUAUGAUGAACAUGAAUGUGUCUGCGUUUAUGAGGGACAGAAAUACAACUAUGAAGAUGUGAUCUAUAAUACUACAGAUGGCACAGGAGGGUGUAUUGUUGCAACCUGUGGUUCCAACGGAACGCUUCAAAGGGUUGUCUAUGAAUGUCCAAUCUCAACAACACCCAUGACGGCAACAACAUUUCACUUCAGCACUACACCACCUGCCACUACUUCCACAGUGUCACCAACUACAUCAGUAUGUGUUCAUGAAGUCUGUGAAUGGUCAGAAUGGUAUGACGGAAGCCUGCAAAUCCCUGGCUAUGAUGGUGGAGAUUUUGAAACCUUUGAUGAUUUGAGAUCUAAAGGUUACGAAGUCUGUAAAGCUCCACGGGCUGUUCAAUGCAGAGCAGAGAAAUUCCCGGAUAUACCUCUGAAAGACCUUGGCCAAAAAGUAGAAUGCAGUAAAACAACUGGGCUUAUAUGUUACAACAAGGAUCAAAUUUCCAUGAUGUGCAACAACUAUGAAAUCAGAAUCUUAUGCUGUGUUUUUGUACCAUGUUCUUACACGACACAUUCAGAAAAUACAUCAUUUUCAGUGACCACAACAUCACCAGCUAUUACAACUUCAGAGAGUACAACAUUCAUACCUUCAGCCACUAAAGAAGAAACCACAACUACAACUGAAAUGACAAAGCCUGUCACCACUUCUCCAUCAACAACAUCCCUUUGCACUAAAGAAGAAUGUUACUGGUCAAUGUGGUAUGAUGCCAGUUAUCCAGGGUCUGGAUACAAUGAUGGAGAUUUUGAUACAAUUCAGAACAUUGAAAAAAAGGGAUACAAAGUUUGUGACAACAGAAAGGAAGUCCAAUGCAGAGCAGUAAGGUUUCCUAAUACACCAUAUCCACUACUGGAGCAAAACAUAACAUGUAAUAAAGAGGAAGGACUCAUAUGCUACAAUAAAGAUCAAUUACCACCCAUCUGCUAUAAUUAUAAAAUACGAUUUAAAUGCUGUAAAAACGUAAGAGUACCGUGCCAUACAACUGCAGCACCCCAUACAACAAGAAUAUCAACAAGUACAUCGAUUUCUUCGACAACUCCAAGUACAUCACCCACGGAAGAAUCAACCACACCACACUUACAAACCAAACAUAAGACAACCACAACAUCAAUGACACAACCAGAAACACAAUAUAUACAUACAAGAACAACAACACAACCAAUAACACAAACACAAACUGAAACAACAACAAGCAUAUCCAUGCCCAGCGUGAGCAGCACCACAACACACUCCACCACGGCCUGUGAACCCGAAGUCUGCUCCUGGAGCGAAUGGAUCGACGUUGACGUCCCCUCCUCGGGGCCCAACCAGGGAGACUUUGAAACCUACCAGCGAAUCCGAGCUGCCGGCAUGGAAGUCUGUCAACAUCCAAAGGAAAUUGAGUGCCAGGCGGAGGACUACCCCGAAGUUCCCAUCCAAAACGUCGGACAGGUCGUGCAAUGCGACGUCCACUUUGGGCUGGUCUGCAAGAACGAGGACCAGACUGGCAAAUUUAAGAUGUGCCUCAACUACAGGAUCCGCGUCCGCUGCUGCCGGCCAAACUACAAUUGCCCUGCCAUCAGCCCCCUGUACACCACCAGCCCCACCACCACCACCACCCAGAGCACUCCAACCUCCACCACAGUCACCACCUCCACCUCCACGGCCUACUCCUCCACCACGCUGCCCACCUCCUCAGAAACCACAUCGCAAACCUACACCAGCACCACCAGCACUACCAGCCCCACGUCGACACCUACAAUAUACAUCCCCAGCGUGAGCUCCACCACCACCUACUCCACCACGGCCUGUGAACCCGAAGUCUGCUCCUGGAGCGAAUGGAUGGACGUUGACGUCCCCUCCUCGGGGCCCAACCAGGGAGACUUUGAAACCUACCAGCGAAUCCGAUCUGCUGGCAUGGAGGUCUGUCAACAUCCAAAGGAAAUCGAGUGCCAGGCGGAGGACUACCCCGAGGUUCCCAUCCAAAACGUCGGACAGGUCGUGCAAUGCGACGUCCACUUUGGGCUGGUCUGCAAGAACGAGGACCAGACUGGCAAAUUUAAGAUGUGCCUCAACUACAGGAUCCGCGUCCGCUGCUGCCGGCCAAACUACAAUUGCCCUGCCAUCAGCCCCCUGUACACCACCAGCCCCACCACCACCACCACCCAGAGCACUCCAACCUCCACCACAGUCACCACCUCCACCUCCACGGCCUACUCCUCCACCACGCUGCCCACCUCCUCAGAAACCACAUCGCAAACCUACACCAGCACCACCAGCCCCACGCCGACACCUACAAUAUACAUCCCCAGCGUGAGCUCCACCACCACCUACUCCACCACGGCCUGUGAACCCGAAGUCUGCUCCUGGAGCGAAUGGAUCGACGUUGACGUCCCCUCCUCGGGGCCCAACCAGGGAGACUAUGAAACCUACCAGCGAAUCCGAGCUGCCGGCAUGGAGGUCUGUCAACAUCCAAAGGAAAUCGAGUGCCAGGCGGAGGACUACCCCGAGGUUCCCAUCCAAAACGUCGGACAGGUCGUGCAAUGCGACGUCCACUUUGGGCUGGUCUGCAAGAACGAGGACCAGACUGGCAAAUUUAAGAUGUGCCUCAACUACAGGAUCCGCGUCCGCUGCUGCCGGCCAAACUACAAUUGCCCUGCCAUCAGCCCCCUGUACACCACCAGCCCCACCACCACCACCACCCAGAGCACUCCAACCUCCACCACAGUCACCACCUCCACCUCCACGGCCUACUCCUCCACCACGCUGCCCACCUCCUCAGAAACCACAUCGCAAACCUACACCAGCACCACCAGCCCCACGCCGACACCUACAAUAUACAUCCCCAGCGUGAGCUCCACCACCACCUACUCCACCACGGCCUGUGAACCCGAAGUCUGCUCCUGGAGCGAAUGGAUCGACGUCGACGUCCCCUCCUCGGGGCCCAACCAGGGAGACUUUGAAACCUACCAGCGAAUCCGAGCUGCCGGCAUGGAAGUCUGUCAACAUCCAAAGGAAAUCGAGUGCCAGGCGGAGGACUACCCCGAGGUUCCCAUCCAAAACGUCGGACAGGUCGUGCAAUGCGACGUCCACUUUGGGCUGGUCUGCAAGAACGAGGACCAGACUGGCAAAUUUAAGAUGUGCCUCAACUACAGGAUCCGCGUCCGCUGCUGCCGGCCAAACUACAAUUGCCCUGCCAUCAGCCCCCUGUACACCACCAGCCCCACCACCACCACCACCCAGAGCACACCAACCUCCACCACAGUCACCCCCUCCACCUCCACGGCCUACUCCUCCACCACGCUGCCCACCUCCUCAGAAACCACAUCGCAAACCUACACCAGCACCACCAGCCCCACGCCGACACCUACAAUAUACAUCCCCAGCGUGAGCUCCACCACCACCUACUCCACCACGGCCUGUGAACCCGAAGUCUGCUCCUGGAGCAAAUGGAUCGACGUCGACUUCCCCUCCUCGGGGCCCAACCAGGGAGACUUUGAAACCUACCAGCGAAUCCGAGCUGCCGGCAUGGAAGUCUGUCAACAUCCAAAGGAAAUCGAGUGCCAGGCCGAGGACUACCCCGAGGUUCCCAUCCAAAACGUCGGACAGGUCGUGCAAUGCGACGUCCACUUUGGGCUGGUCUGCAAGAACGAGGACCAGACUGGCAAAUUUAAGAUGUGCCUCAACUACAGGAUCCGCGUCCGCUGCUGCCGGCCAAACUACAAUUGCCCUGCCAUCAGCCCCCUGUACACCACCAGCCCCACCACCACCACCACCCAGAGCACUCCAACCUCCACCACAGUCACCACCUCCACCUCCACGGCCUACUCCUCCACCACGCUGCCCACCUCCUCAGAAACCACAUCGCAAACCUACACCAGCACCACCAGCCCCACGCCGACACCUACAAUAUACAUCCCCAGCGUGAGCUCCACCACCACCUACUCCACCACGGCCUGUGAACCCGAAGUCUGCUCCUGGAGCGAAUGGAUCGACGUCGAUGUCCCCUCCUCGGGGCCCAACCAGGGAGACUUUGAAACCUACCAGCGAAUCCGAGCUGCCGGCAUGGAAGUCUGUCAACAUCCAAAGGAAAUCGAGUGCCAGGCCGAGGACUACCCCGAGGUUCCCAUCCAAAACGUCGGACAGGUCGUGCAAUGCGACGUCCACUUUGGGCUGGUCUGCAAGAACGAGGACCAGACUGGCAAAUUUAAGAUGUGCCUCAACUACAGGAUCCGCGUCCGCUGCUGCCGGCCAAACUACAAUUGCCCUGCCAUCAGCCCCCUGUACACCACCAGCCCCACCACCACCACCACCCAGAGCACUCCAACCUCCACCACAGUCACCACCUCCACCUCCACGGCCUACUCCUCCACCACGCUGCCCACCUCCUCAGAAACCACAUCGCAAACCUACACCAGCACCACCAGCCCCACGCCGACAUCUACAAUAUACAUCCCCAGCGUGAGCUCCACCACCACUUACUCCACCACGGCCUGUGAACCCGAAGUCUGCUCCUGGAGCGAAUGGAUCGACGUUGACGUCCCCUCCUCGGGGCCCAACCAGGGAGACUUUGAAACCUACCAGCGAAUCCGAGCUGCCGGCAUGGAAGUCUGUCAACAUCCAAAGGAAAUCGAGUGCCAGGCGGAGGACUACCCCGAGGUUCCCAUCCAAAACGUCAGACAGGUCGUGCAAUGCGACGUCCACUUUGGGCUGGUCUGCAAGAACGAGGACCAGACUGGCAAAUUUAAGAUGUGCCUCAACUACAGGAUCCGCGUCCGCUGCUGCCGGCCAAACUACAAUUGCCCUGCCAUCAGCCCCCUGUACACCACCAGCCCCACCACCACCACCACCCAGAGCACUCCAACCUCCACCACAGUCACCACCUCCACCUCCACGGCCUACUCCUCCACCAUGCUGCCCACCUCCUCAGAAACCACAUCGCAAACCUACACCAGCACCACCAGCCCCACGCCGACACCUACAAUAUACAUCCCCAGCGUGAGCUCCACCACCACCUACUCCACCACGGCCUGUGAACCCGAAGUCUGCUCCUGGAGCGAAUGGAUCGACGUUGACGUCCCCUCCUCGGGGCCCAACCAGGGAGACUUUGAAACCUACCAGCGAAUCCGAGCUGCCGGCAUGGAAGUCUGUCAACAUCCAAAGGAAAUCGAGUGCCAGGCGGAGGACUACCCCGAGGUUCCCAUCCAAAACGUCGGACAGGUCGUGCAAUGCGACGUCCACUUUGGGCUGGUCUGCAAGAACGAGGACCAGACUGGCAAAUUUAAGAUGUGCCUCAACUACAGGAUCCGCGUCCGCUGCUGCCGGCCAAACUACAAUUGCCCUGCCAUCAGCCCCCUGUACACCACCAGCCCCACCACCACCACCACCCAGAGCACUCCAACCUCCACCACAGUCACCACCUCCACCUCCACGGCCUACUCCUCCACCACGCUGCCCACCUCCUCAGAAACCACAUCGCAAACCUACACCAGCACCACCAGCCCCACGCCGACACCUGCAAUAUACAUCCCCAGCGUGAGCUCCACCACCACCUACUCCACCACGGCCUGUGAACCCGAAGUCUGCUCCUGGAGCGAAUGGAUCGACGUUGACGUCCCCUCCUCGGGGCCCAACCAGGGAGACUUUGAAACCUACCAGCAAAUCCGAGCUGCCGGCAUGGAAGUCUGUCAACAUCCAAAGGAAAUCGAGUGCCAGGCGGAGGACUACCCCGAGGUUCCCAUCCAAAACGUCGGACAGGUCGUGCAAUGCGACGUCCACUUUGGGCUGGUCUGCAAGAACGAGGACCAGACUGGCAAAUUUAAGAUGUGCCUCAACUACAGGAUCCGCGUCCGCUGCUGCCGGCCAAACUACAAUUGCCCUGCCAUCAGCCCCCUGUACACCACCAGCCCCACCACCACCACCACCCAGAGCACUCCAACCUCCACCACAGUCACCACCUCCACCUCCACGGCCUACUCCUCCACCACGCUGCCCACCUCCUCAGAAACCACAUCGCAAACCUACACCAGCACCACCAGCACUACCAGCCCCACGCCGACACCUACAAUAUACAUCCCCAGCGUGAGCUCCACCACCACCUACUCCACCACGGCCUGUGAACCCGAAGUCUGCUCCUGGAGCGAAUGGAUCGACGUUGACUUCCCCUCCUCGGGGCCCAACCAGGGAGACUUUGAAACCUACCAGCGAAUCCGAUCUGCUGGCAUGGAGGUCUGUCAACAUCCAAAGGAAAUCGAGUGCCAGGCGGAGGACUACCCGGAGGUUCCCAUCCAAAACGUCGGACAGGUCGUGCAAUGCGACGUCCACUUUGGGCUGGUCUGCAAGAACGAGGACCAGACUGGCAAAUUUAAGAUGUGCCUCAACUACAGGAUCCGCGUCCGCUGCUGCCGGCCAAACUACAAUUGCCCUGCCAUCAGCCCCCUGUACACCACCAGCCCCACCACCACCACCACCCAGAGCACUCCAACCUCCACCACAGUCACCACCUCCACCUCCACGGCCUACUCCUCCACCACGCUGCCCACCUCCUCAGAAACCACAUCACAAACCUACACCAGCACCACCAGCCCCACGCCGACACCUACAAUAUACAUCCCCAGUGUGAGCUCCACCACCACCUACUCCACCACGGCCUGUGAACCCGAAGUCUGCUCCUGGAGCGAAUGGAUCGACGUUGACGUCCCCUCCUCGGGGCCCAACCAGGGAGACUUUGAAACCUACCAGCGAAUCCGAUCUGCUGGCAUGGAGGUCUGUCAACAUCCAAAGGAAAUCGAGUGCCAGGCGGAGGACUACCCGGAGGUUCCCAUCCAAAACGUCGGACAGGUCGUGCAAUGCGACGUCCACUUUGGGCUGGUCUGCAAGAACGAGGACCAGACUGGCAAAUUUAAGAUGUGCCUCAACUACAGGAUCCGCGUCCGCUGCUGCCGGCCAAACUACAAUUGCCCUGCCAUCAGCCCCCUGUACACCACCAGCCCCACCACCACCACCACCCAGAGCACUCCAACCUCCACCACAGUCACCACCUCCACCUCCACGGCCUACUCCUCCACCACGCUGCCCACCUCCUCAGAAACCACAUCGCAAACCUACACCAGCACCACCAGCCCCACGCCGACACCUACAAUAUACAUCCCCAGCGUGAGCUCCACCACCACCUACUCCACCACGGCCUGUGAACCCGAAGUCUGCUCCUGGAGCGAAUGGAUCGACGUUGACUUCCCCUCCUCGGGGCCCAACCAGGGAGACUUUGAAACCUACCAGCGAAUCCGAGCUGCCGGCAUGGAAGUCUGUCAACAUCCAAAGGAAAUCGAGUGCCAGGCGGAGGACUACCCCGAGGUUCCCAUCCAAAACGUCGGACAGGUCGUGCAAUGCGACGUCCACUUUGGGCUGGUCUGCAAGAACGAGGACCAGACUGGCAAAUUUAAGAUGUGCCUCAACUACAGGAUCCGCGUCCGCUGCUGCCGGCCAAACUACAAUUGCCCUGCCAUCAGCCCCCUGUACACCACCAGCCCCACCACCACCACCACCCAGAGCACUCCAACCUCCACCACAGUCACCACCUCCACCUCCACAGCCUACUCCUCCACCACGCUGCCCACCUCCUCAGAAACCACAUCGCAAACCUACACCAGCACCACCAGCACUACCAGCCCCACGCCGACACCUACAAUAUACAUCCCCAGCGUGAGCUCCACCACCACCUACUCCACCACGGCCUGUGAACCCGAAGUCUGCUCCUGGAGCGAAUGGAUCGACGUUGACUUCCCCUCCUCGGGGCCCAACCAGGGAGACUUUGAAACCUACCAGCGAAUCCGAUCUGCUGGCAUGGAGGUCUGUCAACAUCCAAAGGAAAUCGAGUGCCAGGCGGAGGACUACCCCGAGGUUCCCAUCCAAAACGUCGGACAGGUCGUGCAAUGCGACGUCCACUUUGGGCUGGUCUGCAAGAACGAGGACCAGACUGGCAAAUUUAAGAUGUGCCUCAACUACAGGAUCCGCGUCCGCUGCUGCCGGCCAAACUACAAUUGCCCUGCCAUCAGCCCCCUGUACACCACCAGCCCCACCACCACCACCACCCAGAGCACUCCAACCUCCACCACAGUCACCACCUCCACCUCCACGGCCUACUCCUCCACCACGCUGCCCACCUCCUCAGAAACCACAUCGCAAACCUACACCAGCACCACCAGCCCCACGCCGACACCUACAAUAUACAUCCCCAGCGUGAGCUCCACCACCACCUACUCCACCACGGCCUGUGAACCCGAAGUCUGCUCCUGGAGCGAAUGGAUCGACGUCGACGUCCCCUCCUCGGGGCCCAACCAGGGAGACUUUGAAACCUACCAGCGAAUCCGAGCUGCCGGCAUGGAAGUCUGUCAACAUCCAAAGGAAAUCGAGUGCCAGGCGGAGGACUACCCGGAGGUUCCCAUCCAAAACGUCGGACAGGUCGUGCAAUGCGACGUCCACUUUGGGCUGGUCUGCAAGAACGAGGACCAGACUGGCAAAUUUAAGAUGUGCCUCAACUACAGGAUCCGCGUCCGCUGCUGCCGGCCAAACUACAAUUGCCCUGCCAUCAGCCCCCUGUACACCACCAGCCCCACCACCACCACCACCCAGAGCACUCCAACCUCCACCACAGUCACCACCUCCACCUCCACGGCCUACUCCUCCACCACGCUGCCCACCUCCUCAGAAACCACAUCGCAAACCUACACCAGCACCACCAGCCCCACGCCGACACCUACAAUAUACAUCCCCAGCGUGAGCUCCACCACCACCUACUCCACCACGGCCUGUGAACCCGAAGUCUGCUCCUGGAGCGAAUGGAUCGACGUUGACGUCCCCUCCUCGGGGCCCAACCAGGGAGACUUUGAAACCUACCAGCGAAUCCGAGCUGCCGGCAUGGAAGUCUGUCAACAUCCAAAGGAAAUCGAGUGCCAGGCGGAGGACUACCCCGAGGUUCCCAUCCAAAACGUCGGACAGGUCGUGCAAUGCGACGUCCACUUUGGGCUGGUCUGCAAGAACGAGGACCAGACUGGCAAAUUUAAGAUGUGCCUCAACUACAGGAUCCGCGUCCGCUGCUGCCGGCCAAACUACAAUUGCCCUGCCAUCAGCCCCCUGUACACCACCAGCCUCACCACCACCACCACCCAGAGCACUCCAACCUCCACCACAGUCACCACCUCCACCUCCACGGCCUACUCCUCCACCACGCUGCCCACCUCCUCAGAAACCACAUCGCAAACCUACACCAGCACCACCAGCCCCACGCCGACACCUACAAUAUACAUCCCCAGCGUGAGCUCCACCACCACCUACUCCACCACGGCCUGUGAACCCGAAGUCUGCUCCUGGAGCGAAUGGAUCGACGUUGACUUCCCCUCCUCGGGGCCCAACCAGGGAGACUUUGAAACCUACCAGCGAAUCCGAGCUGCUGGCAUGGAGGUCUGUCAACAUCCAAAGGAAAUCGAGUGCCAGGCGGAGGACUACCCCGAGGUUCCCAUCCAAAACGUCGGACAGGUCGUGCAAUGCGACGUCCACUUUGGGCUGGUCUGCAAGAACGAGGACCAGACUGGCAAAUUUAAGAUGUGCCUCAACUACAGGAUCCGCGUCCGCUGCUGCCGGCCAAACUACAAUUGCCCUGCCAUCAGCCCCCUGUACACCACCAGCCCCACCACCACCACCACCCAGAGCACUCCAACCUCCACCACAGUCACCACCUCCACCUCCACGGCCUACUCCUCCACCACGCUGCCCACCUCCUCAGAAACCACAUCGCAAACCUACACCAGCACCACCAGCCCCACGCCGACACCUACAAUAUACAUCCCCAGCGUGAGCUCCACCACCACCUACUCCACCACGGCCUGUGAACCCGAAGUCUGCUCCUGGAGCGAAUGGAUCGACGUUGACUUCCCCUCCUCGGGGCCCAACCAGGGAGACUUUGAAACCUACCAGCGAAUCCGAGCUGCUGGCAUGGAGGUCUGUCAACAUCCAAAGGAAAUCGAGUGCCAGGCGGAGGACUACCCCGAGGUUCCCAUCCAAAACGUCGGACAGGUCGUGCAAUGCGACGUCCACUUUGGGCUGGUCUGCAAGAACGAGGACCAGACUGGCAAAUUUAAGAUGUGCCUCAACUACAGGAUCCGCGUCCGCUGCUGCCGGCCAAACUACAAUUGCCCUGCCAUCAGCCCCCUGUACACCACCAGCCCCACCACCACCACCACCCAGAGCACUCCAACCUCCACCACAGUCACCACCUUCACCUCCACGGCCUACUCCUCCACCACGCUGCCCACCUCCUCAGAAACCACAUCGCAAACCUACACCAGCACCACCAGCCCCACGCCGACACCUACAAUAUACAUCCCCAGCGUGAGCUCCACCACCACCUACUCCACCACGGCCUGUGAACCCGAAGUCUGCUCCUGGAGCGAAUGGAUCGACGUUGACGUCCCCUCCUCGGGGCCCAACCAGGGAGACUUUGAAACCUACCAGCGAAUCCGAGCUGCCGGCAUGGAAGUCUGUCAACAUCCAAAGGAAAUCGAGUGCCAGGCGGAGGACUACCCCGAGGUUCCCAUCCAAAACGUCGGACAGGUCGUGCAAUGCGACGUCCACUUUGGGCUGGUCUGCAAGAACGAGGACCAGACUGGCAAAUUUAAGAUGUGCCUCAACUACAGGAUCCGCGUCCGCUGCUGCCGGCCAAACUACAAUUGCCCUGCCAUCAGCCCCCUGUACACCACCAGCCCCACCACCACCACCACCCAGAGCACUCCAACCUCCACCACAGUCACCACCUCCACCUCCACGGCCUACUCCUCCACCACGCUGCCCACCUCCUCAGAAACCACAUCGCAAACCUACACCAGCACCACCAGCCCCACGCCGACACCUACAAUAUACAUCCCCAGCGUGAGCUCCACCACCACCUACUCCACCACGGCCUGUGAACCCGAAGUCUGCUCCUGGAGCGAAUGGAUCGAUGUUGACGUCCCCUCCUCGGGGCCCAACCAGGGAGACUUUGAAACCUACCAGCGAAUCCGAGCUGCCGGCAUGGAAGUCUGUCAACAUCCAAAGGAAAUCGAGUGCCAGGCGGAGGACUACCCCGAGGUUCCCAUCCAAAACGUCGGACAGGUCGUGCAAUGCGACGUCCACUUUGGGCUGGUCUGCAAGAACGAGGACCAGACUGGCAAAUUUAAGAUGUGCCUCAACUACAGGAUCCGCGUCCGCUGCUGCCGGCCAAACUACAAUUGCCCUGCCAUCAGCCCCCUGUACACCACCAGCCCCACCACCACCACCACCCAGAGCACUCCAACCUCCACCACAGUCACCACCUCCACCUCCACGGCCUACUCCUCCACCACGCUGCCCACCUCCUCAGAAACCACAUCGCAAACCUACACCAGCACCACCAGCACUACCAGCCCCACGCCGACACCUACAAUAUACAUCCCCAGCGUGAGCUCCACCACCACCUACUCCACCACGGCCUGUGAACCCGAAGUCUGCUCCUGGAGCGAAUGGAUCGACGUCGACGUCCCCUCCUCGGGGCCCAACCAGGGAGACUUUGAAACCUACCAGCGAAUCCGAGCUGCCGGCAUGGAAGUCUGUCAACAUCCAAAGGAAAUCGAGUGCCAGGCGGAGGACUACCCCGAGGUUCCCAUCCAAAACGUCGGACAGGUCGUGCAAUGCGACGUCCACUUUGGGCUGGUCUGCAAGAACGAGGACCAGACUGGCAAAUUUAAGAUGUGCCUCAACUACAGGAUCCGCGUCCGCUGCUGCCGGCCAAACUACAAUUGCCCUGCCAUCAGCCCCCUGUACACCACCAGCCCCACCACCACCACCACCCAGAGCACACCAACCUCCACCACAGUCACCCCCUCCACCUCCACGGCCUACUCCUCCACCACGCUGCCCACCUCCUCAGAAACCACAUCGCAAACCUACACCAGCACCACCAGCCCCACGCCGACACCUACAAUAUACAUCCCCAGCGUGAGCUCCACCACCACCUACUCCACCACGGCCUGUGAACCCGAAGUCUGCUCCUGGAGCAAAUGGAUCGACGUCGACUUCCCCUCCUCGGGGCCCAACCAGGGAGACUUUGAAACCUACCAGCGAAUCCGAGCUGCCGGCAUGGAAGUCUGUCAACAUCCAAAGGAAAUCGAGUGCCAGGCGGAGGACUACCCCGAGGUUCCCAUCCAAAACGUCGGACAGGUCGUGCAAUGCAACGUCCACUUUGGGCUGGUCUGCAAGAACGAGGACCAGACUGGCAAAUUUAAGAUGUGCCUCAACUACAGGAUCCGCGUCCGCUGCUGCCGGCCAAACUACAAUUGCCCUGCCAUCAGCCCCCUGUACACCACCAGCCCCACCACCACCACCACCCAGAGCACUCCAACCUCCACCACAGUCACCACCUCCACCUCCACGGCCUACUCCUCCACCACGCUGCCCACCUCCUCAGAAACCACAUCGCAAACCUACACCAGCACCACCAGCACUACCAGCCCCACGCCGACACCUACAAUAUACAUCCCCAGCGUGAGCUCCACCACCACCUACUCCACCACGGCCUGUGAACCCGAAGUCUGCUCCUGGAGCGAAUGGAUCGAUGUUGACGUCCCCUCCUCGGGGCCCAACCAGGGAGACUUUGAAACCUACCAGCGAAUCCGAGCUGCCGGCAUGGAAGUCUGUCAACAUCCAAAGGAAAUCGAGUGCCAGGCGGAGGACUACCCCGAGGUUCCCAUCCAAAACGUCGGACAGGUCGUGCAAUGCGACGUCCACUUUGGGCUGGUCUGCAAGAACGAGGACCAGACUGGCAAAUUUAAGAUGUGCCUCAACUACAGGAUCCGCGUCCGCUGCUGCCGGCCAAACUACAAUUGCCCUGCCAUCAGCCCCCUGUACACCACCAGCCCCACCACCACCACCACCCAGAGCACUCCAACCUCCACCACAGUCACCACCUCCACCUCCACGGCCUACUCCUCCACCACGCUGCCCACCUCCUCAGAAACCACAUCGCAAACCUACACCAGCACCACCAGCACUACCAGCCCCACGCCGACACCUACAAUAUACAUCCCCAGCGUGAGCUCCACCACCACCUACUCCACCACGGCCUGUGAACCCGAAGUCUGCUCCUGGAGCGAAUGGAUCGACGUCGACGUCCCCUCCUCGGGGCCCAACCAGGGAGACUUUGAAACCUACCAGCGAAUCCGAGCUGCCGGCAUGGAAGUCUGUCAACAUCCAAAGGAAAUCGAGUGCCAGGCGGAGGACUACCCCGAGGUUCCCAUCCAAAACGUCGGACAGGUCGUGCAAUGCGACGUCCACUUUGGGCUGGUCUGCAAGAACGAGGACCAGACUGGCAAAUUUAAGAUGUGCCUCAACUACAGGAUCCGCGUCCGCUGCUGCCGGCCAAACUACAAUUGCCCAGCCAUCAGCCCCCUGUACACCACCAGCCCCACUACUACUACUACAUUUCUACCUUUCUUUACCAGCCCUCUUUCUCCAUCUGUAUCCACACCGUGUUUUUGUAAAAUUGGCGAUUCUAUUUUUUCACCUGGUGAUUUGAUUUACAACAAAAUGGAUAGUGAUGGAUGCAGAUUUUACGCUGUCUGUAGUCCAACAUGUACAGUUGAACGACACACUGGAUAUUGUAACAUCACUACUCCUUUAACCACUACUUCACCCGAAUGGUCUACCAUAACAACAUCAGUUCCUCUUCCUACCACUUCUGAAAUACUUCCAUUUCAUGGCUGUGUUUCUGCUACUUACCCUGCCCUACAGCCUGGACAAAGAUACAAAUUAUCCAACUGUACAGAACUCAUCUGUAAGGGAGACAACAAGGUAGAAGUAAUUCCAACACACUGCCCACCUGUAAGGGAAAUUACCUGUGCUAACAAAUAUCCGGCAAUACUGGUACCUGAUGAGAACGGCUGCUGUUACCAUUACGAGUGUCAAUGUGUGUGCAGUGGAUGGGGUGAUCCUCAUUAUAUUACUUUUGAUGGAACCUACUAUACUUUCCUUGAAAACUGCACUUACGUCCUGGUGAAACAGAUUGUACCUAAAUAUGACAACUUCCGUGUUUACAUUGACAAUUAUUACUGUGAUGCAAAAGAUGGACUUUCCUGCCCUAAAUCGAUUAUUAUUUUCUACAAAACUGCAGAAGUGGUGCUGACCCGUAAACUCAUGAAUGGUGUGAUGACCAACGUGAUGUACUUCAACCAAAAGAUCAUCAAACCAGGCUUCAAAAAGGAUGGCAUUUAUUUCUCCAGACUUGGCAUCAACAUGAUUGUUGAAAUACCAGAGAUAGGUGCAACUAUCACCUUUAGUGGGCUGAUUUUCUCUGUGAAACUCCCAUACAGCAAAUUUGGCAACAAUACUGAAGGACAGUGUGGAACAUGUACAAAUAAUAAAUCAGAUGAAUGCCGUUUACCAAGUGGUGAGAUAAUUUCUUCCUGUCCCCAAAUGGCUCACCACUGGAUUGUUGAUAACAACAAGUCAUGCCAUGGAGUACCAAUACCACCAGUUGUAACCACGCCUUCACCAAAACCUCACUGUGAAACACCUCGUCUCUGCAAGCUUAUCUGGAGCGAGAUUUUUGCAGAAUGCCGUGCCGUGAUACCACCAGAACCAUUUUUCAAAGGCUGUGUUUUUGAUGGGUGUCGCAUAGCCGAUGAAUCCAUGCAGUGUUCCAGUUUGGAAAUAUAUGCCACAGAAUGUGCUGCUAGAGGUGUCUGUGUUGACUGGAGAGGAAAGACCAAUAAUACAUGCCCAUACAACUGUUCAAGAGGCAUGGUAUACAAGCCAUGUGGGGCCAUUAAUCCUGCUACCUGUGAACCAAGCCUUGUUGAGCUUCCUGGCUAUGGAGUAACUGAAGGAUGUUUCUGUCCUGAAGGAAAGACACUCAUGAGUGAAGACAGCAACAUUUGUGUCUCUGAAUGCUCCUGUAGAGAACCAAAUGGAGUAUCCAGAUGGCCAGGAGAAAAAUGGACAAAAGACUGCCAGGAAUGUUUUUGUGACAAGAAUACUCUUAAAGUGCACUGUACAAAACACAAAUGUUCUCUGACACAGAAAGUAUUUUGUGAUGAACCAGGAUACAUGCCUGUUAAGAUACAGAUACCAGAAGAUCCAUGCUGUACUAGGACUGAGUGCUACUGCAACACUAGCCUCUGCCCUGAGGUCACACCACAGUGCUUAGAGGGACAGGAAGCAGUCACAAUAAUGCAGCUUGGAAAAUGCUGUCCUACCAUUGAAUGCAGACAUGGCUGUAUAGUCAAUGAAACCUACUAUGCACCUGGAGCCAUCAUUCCAUCAGGCCCCUGUGAAGAAUGCACCUGCUCUGAAUCCUCUUACUCAGGCUCUCACCAUGCUACUGUCAAGUGCGAGCCUGUUAUCUGUGACACAUACUGCCCAGCGGGUUACAAGUAUACAAAGAAACCUGGACAGUGCUGCGGCACCUGCAAAGCAGCAGCUUGCGUAAUGACUGUGGGAGAAAACAUUACACGUGUGCUUCAAGUUGGAGAAUUCUGGAACCCACCUGGUGAGAACUGUACAACUUAUACAUGUGAAAAACAUGAUGACCAGUUCAUUCAAGUUGUCUUCCAGAAAAGCUGUCCUCCCUUUAACCCUGAUGACUGUGAUCCAGAUGACAUCAAGCUAUCUGAUGAUGGCUGUUGUAAAGAGUGCCAAGCAAAACUGAAGAGUUGUAUGAAGCACAAUACUACUACUGUCAUCCAAUAUCAUGGAUGCAUAUCUCCUGCACCUGUUGAGAUGACAUACUGUGAAGGCAGCUGUGAUGCUUACUCACGAUAUUCUGCAGAGGCGAACAUGAUGGAACAUAAAUGCUCAUGUUGUCAGGAAAUCAAGACCAGCCAAAGAAGGGUGACUCUGACGUGCAGUGAUGGAACCUACCUUGAUCACUCAUACACCUACGUGGAGAAAUGCAGCUGUGUGACCGCUGAGUGCAUUGCCCAAGUCAGCACCCAACAGGCAACAAAACAGAUAAAGGCCUCUCAGGAACAAGGAAAUGUCUAAAAUUAGAAAUAGAGUGAAGAAGUCAAACAAGGGUUGAACAUAAAACUAGUAACAAAACUUUGAAAAAAAUACAAAAGUGUGAAAAGCAGCUAAAAUUUUGGAUGAACAGGUGACAUUCUCUGCAUACAAACUCAAUACGUCUGUCUACAUUUUUUCAGUUUUCAUUACCAAUAUAUCUCCCAUUGUUUUUCAUGUCUUUUCUUUUAAACCUUGAGAUGUACAGCAUAAAAUGUCAUUUGGACAUUUUCUGGGAGCUUGUUUGUCUUGUGAGAAGUGCUGCACCAUUAGACUGAGAGCUGGAUUUACACUUCCAGAGUCUAUAAUGAGAACAAUAUUCUUUUCUGGCUUGAAGCUUGCCUGUGGUGGCACGAAGUAGGCACUUGACAAUAUUUCCAUUGACAUAAACUGACAUUUUUGGUAACAUUUUCAUUCCAGAUCAUUGAGAAAAAUCAAAAGCUAAAGUCCAGAAAAUAACAAACAACAAACCCCAAGGAAAACCGUACCUCUCUGUUUCUUUAUUUUUAUUUUUGCAUUGAAGAAAACAGACUGCAGAAAGUCAUACUUUCUCAGAAUUAUAAACGUCAAGAUUUUGAAUAAUUUAUGAUAGGCAUAUUUCCCUAUAUAUUCUCAUGAGAAGAAGAAAGAAGUCCUAUCAUGUGAAGCUGCUGUGCACUACUCUUUGUUUACAUAACACCAUCAGCAUAGUAACUGUAUGAAAAUAUGGAUUUUUUUUUUGUUUGUGCUUAAUUGUUUACAGAAGAAGUAUAUAUAUAUAUGUAAGUAUAUAUAUAUAUUUGCCAACAAGGGCAUAUGAAGGAUUUUUGUAAACAAAAGUUAAUAAUAAUAAUAAUAAUAAUAAUAAUAAUAAUAAUAAUAAUAAUAAUAAUAAUAAUGUAAAUUCUUUCCUAGGAAGCUUUUAAAGCUGAACCAUUGCUAUUUAUUUUGUUUAUGGAAAAUUGAUUUAUUGGGUCAUUUCUUUCAGAAUUAAUAUUAUCCCAUUUCUUAGUCAUAUUAUCUGGGUGUGGUAUAUUUUCUUCUUCUAUUUCAUUUUGCAAUAUUGUUUUUUGUUCUUUAUGACAAAAAGUAAUAGUGAUUAAUAAAUUUCA